GGGAUCCAGCAGUGGGAUCCGGUUAGGUUGGGUUGGAUCCUCGAGCAGACUAUAGCGAGACGCCUAACUGGUAGUCAGUGGCUCUCGGGGCCCCGUGUCGUCAGUCUCGUCGGGGUAGUUUCGUGUAACCGUAUCGUCUCUCUUCUCCUUUCUUUCUCUCUCUCUCUCUCUCUCUCUCCCUAUCUCUCUCCCUCCCUCCCUCCUCUUGUCUAUCUUUCUCUCGAUGUCUGCCCUUUCUUUCUCUCUUUUCAUCUGUUCUCCUUCCGUCCCACCGCCCUGUCACUCCCUCCUUCCUCUUCCGUGGUCUCUACCUUUCUCAGGACAUCUUGUCCAGCUUCUGUUACAAUGAUUGUUUCUUUCACUUGCCCUUACCAUUAUCUAUUAUUGUUCAAUUUAUCUUUUCAAAGACUUUUAUAAUGGAAUAUUCAUCAUUACGUCGUUGUUUAUCCCGCGCCGAUGAGUGACGAGUACGUAAUCACGUUGUGAUUCCGUUAAAGGACUACAAGCUGCCGAUCUCGGAGCUGAUCGCUUCGAUAAAAACAACGAAACGAGCAAUCGACCGCAGAGAUUAGGAAUAUUGUUGAAGUUUUGCGUCAUCAUCGAUCGUGUCGUGUAUUUGACAACUACGAGAAAUUUUUCACUAAUCGCAAGAUAAGUUCCGCGAUAUUCACCGAGUGUAUACCGUAGUAAUGAAAAUAGCGUAAUAGUGCGGUGAUUCGACGGAGAUGUCGAGAAGGAAUUAGAGCGGAAAAAUCGAACGGAAAAGUCGCGAACCUGAUGAAAAAGAGAGGAGUCAGUUGAAAGUGCUGGGUGAACUGGGAAAACUCUAGAAGAAAGAAGAAGCGAGGUACAUGGAAAUAUUGAAAAAGGCAGGUCCUAAGUGAAUUUCCAACGAAACGGUAGAGUGUGAAAGUGUUGAUCGGACUGCUCAGGCUAGCGACAAGCCGGAAUAACAGAUAUACCUGAGCGCCAAUUGCAUCUGAUGAGAAUUUAACUCCACAUAUCUUCAGGAUUCGUCAAAGUUUGUCAACGAAUAUUUCAAGUACUCAUUAUUUCGACGAAACAAUAAUAAAAUAAAUCCCGAUACAAGUACAUCGAUAUCGUGCUGUUCGCUGCUAAACAGCUUUAUGUGGGAAUAUGAAAAUACGUGUAAUUCUUCGUUUUUUAACCGCGUAAGAAUUGCAUUUUAAUAAUUACUCGAAACACGGAAAAGCACAGCAGGAAAAGCGACUUUACCUCACGUGUUGGAGGCAAUUCGAGUCCCGGUAAGCCUCGGUAACGCCUCGCGAAAGUAGCUGACGCGCCGGGCGGGAGUUUCGCAAAUUCAAACAAUACGGCCGGUGGUCGGCGAACGAAGGCUUCAAGAUUGCUCGAAAACCGUCGCGCGAGGUGCGCAGGAGUGGCAGAGCUGCGGAAAUAGGGGCUGCCGGCGUGAUGCAGCGGGUGGGCGCAGCCGGGGGGCCCGGGCCCAUCGGCUUUCAGGGCCCUCCGAGAUCGCUGAAAAUUUCACCAAUCAAUAUACAGGACGAACCGACCGAUCCCACGCAAAAGGGCAGAAGUUCGCUGUGCGUUGGUUGCGGUGGUCGAAUUCACGAUCAGUGGAUUCUGAGGGUAGCGCCUAAUCUGGAAUGGCACGCGGCCUGUUUAAAAUGUGCCGAGUGUCAACAGUUUCUGGACGAGAAAUGCACCUGUUUCGUGCGGGACGGCAAAACUUAUUGCAAGCGCGACUAUGUUAGGUUAUUCGGCACGAAGUGCGACAAAUGUAGCCAGUGUUUUAGCAAAAAUGACUAUGUAAUGAGAGCGAAAACUAAGAUCUAUCACGUGGAGUGCUUUCGAUGUUGCGCUUGUCUGAGACGACUCGAAACCGGGGACGAGUUUGCUCUUAGGCAGGACGGCCUUUUUUGUCGGCACGAUCACGAUGUCCUCGAGGGCGGAAAGCACUGCACUGGAGCUGCUGGUUUACCCGGAAGUGAGAACAACAACAAUGCCUCCCUGACGAACAACAAUCAUCAUCUGCACCCGAACGAUGGUUCGAUGUCAGAUUCUGGAUCUGAGAGCGGAUCGCAUAAAGCGAGCGUCGGUGGCGUUCGCGGUUCCAGUAGCCACAAAAGUGGCGGAGGUUCCGACGGAAAGCCAACAAGAGUACGAACGGUACUCAACGAAAAGCAGUUGCAUACUCUGAGAACCUGCUACGCGGCGAAUCCCCGCCCGGAUGCACUGAUGAAGGAGCAACUCGUCGAAAUGACAGGGUUGAGUCCACGCGUAAUCAGGGUGUGGUUCCAGAACAAGAGGUGUAAAGACAAGAAAAAGACGAUUGCCAUGAAGCAACAAAUGCAGGAAAAGGAUGGACGUAAAUUGGGCUUUGGCGGCAUGCAUGGCAUACCCAUGGUUGCCAGCAGCCCCGUGAGACAUGAGAGUCCUAUCGGUAUGACACCUUUGGAAGUUCAGGCUUAUCAGCCACCGUGGAAAGCGCUUUCGGAGUUUGCACUUCACACAGAUUUGGAACGACUAGAUCCUAAUGCGCCGUCGUUCCAUCAUUUGGUAUCCCAGUCUGUUAUGUUGAUUUCUGCGAACAAGAUUUACUAAGAGAAAACGUCUCUCUACGAAUAUAAAUAAACACGAACAGACAAAUAUCGGAACGAAGAAACUGGACCAGAAAUUGAACCUGGAAUCUUUCGUUUGCCGAACGACUACUCUUCCAACUGAGCUAUCCAAGUCCACACUCCGAUACUUCUCUCGCUUGCAUAUUUUUAUUUUGCGAAAUAAAAUAGGGUACUUUUGUUUGACCGAAAAAAAUGAAAAUUUGAUAUAUGUAUUCUUUUGUGAACAUCAAUAAAUUAGAUGUACAAAUUAAUUUAGUGUCUUUAUAUUCGGCAUUUUAUAACUCUAUUUUAAAAUUAAAUGUUUUCUCAUCCUUUAUGAUUUGAUUCACAAAUGUGGAUCUCUAUGUCCUGUUCAUAGUCCAUUCUUAAGACCUGUCUGUUUGUCAUGAUUGUCUUAAGUAUUAAGAUGGUAAUAACCCUACGAUUGAUUGAUAAAAUUUUAAGACAGUAUUUAAAACAAUUUUAAAUAUAAGAAUCGACUAUGAAUACCGGUCUGUUUCCAAAAUAUUAUACACCUUGGUGAAAUAAAUAACAUCAUUUUUUAACCUUUAGACUGAUAAAUUUUUCUUCAUGCAGUUUUUCCCCUCCAGACUUUUCCUCCCCUCCUUCGGAUUAUAAUUUAUUCCAGUUGUUAUCCCAAUAUUAUCUGACAUUAGAUCUGAUUAGAUGUAUAAUUUAACUCUUAGCCUUUUUAAAGAAAAUGUGUUGUUGAUUUACAAAAAACAAAUAAUCUUUCACUCAUUAAAGUUUUUGUUAUUUUCUAUACACUUCUGUCAUCUUCCAGAUAAGUGGCAAAAUCUACUUUAGAGGAAAAAUGAUGGUUUGAGUUAAUAAAUUCAAUACUUUUGUUGACCUCUUUGAAAUGGAAAUCUAUCAAGUAAUGUUAGAAAAGAUGCUAAUAUGAAGCAGCAAAGUUUAAAAAUACGCUGCGUGGAGAAUUUCUUAGUCCUAGUUGAAUAACUUCCAAGGUUAUUAACAUCGUGUGCAGUACGUCGCGCAUUUUCGUGCAGUGAAACCAAAUAAACCAUCUUUUGAACUCUGUCAAACUUAUGUAAACGUUCCGAAAUGGUUUGUUAGAUCACUUCAAGUACAUUUGCAAAUUCUGAUUGAGUCUGACAAGAAUGUUCUUCCAAAACUGUUUUAAUUUUUCAUUUUUAACUUUUUUCAGUUAUCCAGGUUCUUUUUUUAUGGGGCGCACAAUGUAAAUUACCAAUCAAAUUAUUGAAUUAGGGUUAGGGAUUAUAGGACUCAAACUCGCGAUACUUCUAAUUCAAGUGAUCCAUCAAUACAAUAAUUUAUAAAUAAAAUAAUUUAUGAGUAAAAUAAUUUAGUAAUAUUAGAAUGAUAAGAAUCUAAAAAUUUCAAAUAGUAAUGCAUAAAUAUUUAAAAAAUUAACAAUAAAGUAACCAAAAAUAACGACUAAUUACUUUUUGAGUGACUGUAACUGUAAUGAAUUACUUUUCAAAAUAAAUAACUUGUAACGAUAACUAGUUAUUUUUUUAAGAGAAUAACUGUUCCUGUAAUUGUACUCUACAAAAUAACCGUGGUAAUAAUGAUGAAUGGAUUUAAUGUAGAAUAUUACCAGAUUCGAGAACUUUUCUUUUUGUAAUCAAUCAACACAUUAAAAAAUUUUUUUUAGCUAAAAAUUUUUUAUUCUUUGCAACCAAUCAACAUACUUGAAAAAUUAAUUAUUCGACAAAUACCAGCUUAGAUCUCAAUCAUUAAACAUCAAAUUGUUAUUUUAAAAUCUCUUUGGUUUUUAAUGGCGUGCCUCAAUAUUAACACAAGUUUACUGUACUUCUU